CCGCUGCUUCUGCUUCUGCUACCGUUUGCCAUCUGCGGUCGCUCAGGCUUAACCUCAAACUUGUAAGAAUAUAAUAAAAAAUGUACGUUGCACACUCCAGUAGUAAAUCUUAUUGUUUGAAAAGAACUGUUUUAUAAACAGUGAUGUAAGAAAUAACAAUGAUUAGAGAAAAGAACUCCAAAUAUAUAUAUUGAUGCAUACAUUAUAGUAGGCCAUUGCAUAAUUAAUUUCAAUCGAGUGGACCUAAACAAGAACAUUUGUAUGAGAGCUUUGAGAUUAUAGAAUUGUCAAGAGGACCUUAAUUUUUAAAUGAUUUAUAAGCUAAUAUUUUGAAUUGUGGCUGUGAAGUAUUAGUAUUCCAAGUGAAAAUUGAACGCAAAGAAUAUAUAAAUGAGUACUCGUAGUGCAUACAAAAAUAUAUAAAAUGAUUAAUUCAUUACCUCAUCCAGUAAAUGUGAAUUUCUUAAUUUGACUGGACUGUUCAAAAAUGUCAAGGAAACUAAGUUUCUACUUUCUCAUCUUCCUGGCCACUAUCUGCAUAUUCUUUUUGGCGCUGAAUCAGCGUUACAGCAAUUACCUAGAGCAUCGUCUUCAGCCAAUUCUUUCGGAUGCGGAAUUAAGGUCACGAAUGAAAUAUCAAGAGUUGUUUACAGUACCAACAACAAAAUAUGACGAUCCUUUUUGGAGUUACAUCAGGGGCACUUACGCCAUGGAGAGCGUCGCGCUUGUGGAGAUCGCGGACGUUGUCGAGCAACAGAGGCGCAUCAUCCAAAAGGAAAUGGAGGACUACGUGUAUCCCAAUGGAAAGUACGAUGUUUAUGCUAAUAAACUGGACGAUUUGGUGAUAGAAAAACAAGGAAAUCCAUUACGAAGCGUAAUAUUGACUACUUGGCGUAGCGGUAGUACAUUUCUCGGUGACAUAUUGAAUUCUCAUCCAGCUAAUUUUUAUCACUACGAGCCACUUUUACAUUUUGGAAUAAUUCAAAUAAGGGAUCCGCCGCUAUCCGACGAAGCCUUAGAAAAUUUGGAUUCAAUGUUUAAAUGUGACUACUCGAGCUUAGAACGAUAUCUGAGUUUUGGAAGAAACUCCCAUCCUUGGGUAUUUAAUCACAACACAUAUCUAUGGAAGCAGUGUCAACUACAUAAGAGAAUAUGCUGGGAUAAUCGAUUUGUUACAAAGUUUUGUAAAUUAUUUCCAUUCCAGUCAAUGAAGAUUGUACGAUUGAGAUUGCAACCUAUGGAAAAGUUUUUGGAACAAAAUGAGCUAGGUGUUAAGAUUGUAUUAUUGAUCAGGGAUCCACGAGGAGUUUUGCAAUCUCGAAAGCACCGCGAUUGGUGUCCUAGCGAGCCAGACUGCUUUGAUCCAACGGCAUUGUGCUCCGACAUGGUUUCAGAUUAUAAUACCGCAGCUAGAUUCUCAAAAUUAUAUCCCAACACAUUUAGAGUUAUUCGCUACGAAGACCUGUCGGUGGAUCCCUACAGUCACACGGAGAAACUCUUCGAGUUCUACGGUCUUCACUUUCACGAGAACGUGCAGCGCUUCUUGGAUACUCACACAAAGACUGACAUCGGCGGCCUAUCGAGCACCUUUCGCAAUUCCAAGGCCGCUCCGUUCCACUGGCGCAACGAUUUGGACUUCGAGGAGGUCGAGGAGAUCCAGCAAGAGUGCAAUUUGGCCAUGAAGCUCUGGGGUUACGUUUUCGCGCUAAACGAGACGCACCAGAGAUACUUCGACCCGGUGACGAAUUACAGUCUUCGUGACAGUGAAGCAUGACGAUAUGCUCGACAAAUGUCGGACGGCAGUUACUUCGUUCGAGUUUUAAUGGGGAAU